GGCAACCACCAACUGUUUGAUUACCAGCGAUCUUCAAAAUAUCUUCUUUUAUGUUCAACAUAAGAAAGCAACUCCUACAGGUUUGGAAUACCAUGAGGGUGAGUAAAUGAUGACAGAAUUUUCAUUUUUGGGUGGACUAUACAUUUAAGUGAAUGUUCUGGGUUCAAUACAAAGUUCAAUUUGCUUCAUAAUGUUGAUUAUCACAGAAAAUUAUUUUGACUUUUCUUCUUUUUCUUAGUUAAUUUUUGAUUAAAAAAAAAACAAAAAAGGAAAAAAUUUACAUUUUAUGGCUGUAUUUUUUUAAACAUUGUGAAUUUUAAGACUUUGUCCCAGUGCAAUUGCCUUGAUAUUUAGUUUUUUUAUUGAGGGAUAAGUCAAUUAUUUUUAGUGAUAAUCAGAAUUAUGCUGCAAAUGCUGUCAACAUUAAAUUAAGAAAUCCAGAAUAUUCCUUUAACCAAAAUUAUUGACCUUAAUCUCAUUUUCUGGAUAAUCCUUUCUUUUCCAGUUUUGUUGCACAAAAUUGUCAAUAAAUAUAUUAUACUACAGUAUUCUGUAUAUCACUUGCUUUUCUUUCCUUUCUCAUUCUCUUAAUUUUUUCUUGCCCUGUCACUGCUAAUACAAAUUCCCUGGUGUUGAUCUGUCUUUUCUCUACAUGCUUCUUAUACAUAUACACUACCAUUCAUAAGUUUGGGGUCAGUAAGUUUUAUUAUUAUUAUUAUUAAAAAAAAAAUUACUUAAAACCGCUUCAGAUUUUUGUGGAAACCAUGAUAAUUUUUUUAGGAUACUUUGAUAAAUAGAAAGUUCAAUGGAAUAGAGAUCCUUUGUAACAUUGUAUUAGUCUUUACUGUAUCUUUUGAUUAAUUUAAUGCAUCCUUGCUGAAUAAAAGUAAUAUUAAUUUAAAAAAAACUUACAGAAGCUUUGAAUGGUAGUGCAUUUAAUGCUGUUAAUAUAUUGUGGUUAUGUUUAACUAACAACAUACUAACCCUCCAUGUCCUGCUGUCAUUGCUGUGGCUCUCAUGUGAAGCACAAGAUGGAGGAAUAUCAGAGCUAAAUUUGGAUUAUUUUGGCCCUGUGGAUGAAUGUAGCUCAGAUAGUGGAACUGACACCCCACUACCAGGUUAGAACAGAAAGGGUUUUUCUCAGAGAAGUUAGUGGUUUGCUGUGAAACCUUUGUUUUCUUCCUUUUCCCUUGUGUCUGUGAUUUCAAAAUCAGGCUUUAGAGAAGCUUUUCAUCUUUAGCAUUUGUUUUUAGUCUAGUGUUCUGUCCCUGGUUUCCUCUCUCUGGACUUACUUACAGUAUCUGCCUCUGUGUUGAUCCAGAGAUAUAUGAACUGACUACAGCUAAAAUGGAAAACAACGCCACUGGGCGCUACAUUGCAGAUGCAUUUACAAAACUCAUGGAGUCUAUGGAGAGAACCAGAACAACAGCCAGGAAGCCAGAAAAAGAUGAAAAGAUAAGCAAAGAAGCAGCAAAGGUGAUCUCUCUUCUCCCUGACCUAUCCUUCAUGCAGGCCAGGGUCCUAAUGUUCCCCUCCAUCCUAACUCCAGCAACCAAUCACAUAUAACCAAACACGGCAACAGCCAAUCAUCUUCCAGCCUCAUCAUUCACUGGUUUUAUAGACCGCUACAAAAACAAUUCAAGUCACCCAUUCUUCCAUAUUUAAUAUAACAAUUUAAUCUUUUAAAAGCUGCCUAUUUCUUCACUUCCUCAGUUGUUCAAUGUUUUUAACUGGAUUGAAUCAUCUAACUAUAUGUUAAAACAUCCCUGAUGAUUUUUCUUUAUCAGUAAAGACAAUUUAUCUGAUAUACACACAGUAUUUAGAAGAGUAUAUUCACCCUUUAUGUCUGAUACAUGACUAUGGUUUUAUUUUUGAGUGCUGUUUGUGAAAAUCUAAGUUCUUUUAAAUGGCACUUCUCACUCAGUGAGGUGAAAUGCAGAAUUGCACAUUUUACUACUUGAAACCAGAGUCUGUAAAUAAAAACUGAUCCCUGGUUAUUAUAUAAAUACAAAUGUAUUAGUAUGUGCUUUUUUAUGUUAUUUGUCUGUAUUGUUUUAAAUAUCAUUCAGUUCAGUGCUUCCUUUAACUGGUUUGUAACUACCUUUUUUUCUAACCAUCCUUAACUUUUUACUUCUAAUAGUUGUUUUAUUUAUUUGUUUUACCACAACUGACAAGCACACAAGAAAAGACUAUAUUAAUAAUGUGGUUUUGAUAAGGGAGGUUUUAUUAAGGGAGCUGCAUCUUUUUGCAUGUCUGCUUUUUUACUUGUUUGUUGUUUGUUUUAUUAAUAUGUCUUGUCACUGUAUUAUUUUAAGGUGAAGCUUAUGCACAAUCAGAUAUACUAUGAAUAUGACAGCAGUGCUAUAACAUCUUAAAGAAAAGAUGGUUUGCAGCUACUGUUCCUGUGGGAAAAAAAUUAUAAAGGAAGUUUUGUCUUUGUCUUAUGUUUUAAAUUGUAUUUUAAAGUUUAACAAUAAUAAAAAAGGCACAGAAUUUAUUCCUAUUUCUUUUUGGAUGGUUUACAGCAUUUAAGAUCUCCUCACAUACUGUGUGUGGCCUCUGUUUGUGUCUGAAACGUCUAGCUUCUCUGGUGUUUUGUUUAUCCGAAGGGAGCUGCUGUUUAUCUCUGUUUUCUGUUCUUUUCUCCUGUUUGUUCACAUUAGUGCUACUAGCUAUAUCAGUUUAAUCUUUAAAUAUAUGUGACUUUUCUUUUCUCCUCUCUCCUAUACUUGUUAUGCAUAUCUAUAUUUCAUUCAGAUAAACAUGUUUCUACUCCAGAGUGGUUUUCUCUCCCAGAGGGAAACAAUCUAAGAUUGUUGCUCAGCUACACUAAUCACAGCGGUCUGAAUAAAAGACACUCCACUGGUGAAAAGUCCCACAAGUGAUCAGAAUGCUAUGUGAUGCUGUUUAAACGUGGCCCUUGAGCGUUUAUAAGUUGCAGUUCAAAUUUGAUCUGGAGCAGAAUGAGUUAAACGGCUCAUCUGCGCGCACUGAGCCGAGCGCAGCUCCUCUCAGCGGCAUCUCGAUCUCCGGUGUUGUAUCACCGGGCCCGGCACGGUAAUCAUGUUCGGUAAUGGAACCGAAGAAGCGCCUGACGACAGCACGGAGAUGGAGCAAAAAAGCUCGAGGAGCGGUACAAUGAAGACUGACUUGGAGGCUGGGAGUUGCAGCUCUGCAAUCCACUGUCAAGAUGUGUGUCGUUCAUAUGGGAAACUUAAAGUCCUCAACAAUCUCAACCUGACAGUGCCUCAGGGCCAAAUUUAUGGGCUGCUAGGGCCAAGUGGCUGUGGGAAGACUACGUUGUUGAAAUGCAUUGUGGGAACUCUAAAAAUCUCACAUGGACAUAUCACAGUGCUGGGGAAACCACCUGCUUUCCCAGGACAUGAAGUGCCAGGAAGGAUGGUGGGAUACAUGCCACAGGAUAUAGCUCUGUACAAUGAGUUCACUAUCAGUAACACACUAUGGUUUUACGGUCGAAUUCAUGGCCUUUCAUCUAAAGAAACAGAAGCCAGGAUGAAUUUCCUCGUUGACUUCCUUGACCUGCCACAAAAAAACAGCCUUGUGAGAAAUCUCAGUGGAGGCCAGCGGCGGCGUGUCUCACUUGGAGCUGCUCUUCUUCAGAACCCACAACUUCUGAUCCUGGAUGAGCCCACUGUAGGAGUGGACCCUGUUUUACGGGCCAAGAUAUGGCAGCACCUGGUAGACAUUGUAAGAGGAGGACAGGUUUCUGUCAUUAUUACGACUCAUUACAUUGAAGAAGCCAGACAAGCCAAUACGGUGGGUUUGAUGAGGAAUGGUCGAUUGUUAGCUGAAGGUCACCCGGAUGCUGUUAUGAAGCAACACAAUGCAGCAACAUUAGAGAGUGCGUUCUUGCAACUUUGUGAGGACUUUGAUCAGAUGGGCUCCAUACAGAGUCCUCAGGGCCGUCUGCUGGACAGCAGCCCAUCUCCAGACAGUAUGAGAGAUGAGAGCAGAGAGCCCAUACUGAGAAAGAGCACACCAGAGGACAUGCGCAAAUAUAAAGCUGACUGGAAAGUGCGAGCCAGACACAUCAUACCAAAAUGGCGUAACAUUGCAGCGCUGAUGAUCAAGACGAUGGUUCGAAUGAGGAGAAUGCCAGGGUCCCUUUGUUUCCAGUUCUUGUUGCCUGUAAUUCAGAUCUGUCUGAUGUGCUUGUGUAUUGGUGGAGACCCCAAAGGAAUUGAUGUGGCAGUGGUCAAUAAUGAAACCAGUCCCAGUGCCUAUAGUAGAUUACUGCUGUCCUUCCUCGACAACACGAGUGUAUACCAGGUGAGCUUGUCUCAUUCUGAAGCAUUCGCUGGUAUCUAUAAUGGGGAAUACUGGGGCGUCAUAGAGUUUGGGGAGAAUUUCACCAGCUAUCUAACCAAAAGGAUGCUGCAGCCCAGAGUCUCCAGAGAUGUGGUUGAAGGAGGAUCAGUACAUGUUUGGCUGGAUCUGACCAACAGACAAAUUGCCCUGAUGCUGCAGAAAAAACUCCAUGAGGCCUUUGAGGCUUUUGUCGACAAAAAGCUGGGGAGUUUGUCAUACAUGGUGGCCGUCCCUAUAAAAUUUGAAGAACCUAUAUAUGGCAAUGAGAAUACAGAUUUCACAACUUUUGUGACACCAGGAGCUGUUUUGAGCAUCACAUUUUAUCUAGCAGUGGGGUUGACCGCUCUGUCCUUUGUGUUAGAGAGAAAGGAGGGGCUGUUGGACAGGUGCUGGGUGGCAGGCGUAAGUUCUCUGGAGACCAUGCUGGCACACCUCUUCUCACAGCUGUUUGUUAUCAGUGUUCAGAUCAUCCUUCUGCUGAUUUUCAUCCUGCUGGUCUUCAAAAUUCCUAAUGAAGGAUCUCUGGCUUUGGUGAUCUCACUGAUUGUGCUGCAGGGAGUGACGGGAAUCUCCUUUGGACUGGUCAUUUCCUCUGCUAUCGAUGACGAACAGUCGGCCAAUCAGGCAGCCCUUGGAAUCUUCUACCCCAACCUCAUCAUUAGCGGUGUUAUCUGGCCGGUUGAGUGUAUCCCGUAUCCUCUGCGUUAUUUGAGUCUAUUCCUGCCCCAGACCUACGCAUCUGAAGCCCUGCGCUGUAUCAUGUACAGAGGUUGGGAUCUGUCGCGUAUGAUGGUCUGGCGAGGAUUUGCAGUCACUCUUGGCUGGAACACAUUCUUCCUUAUACUGGCAACAGUCAUUCUUAAGCUGAGAAUGUGAGAGGCUCUGCCAAGGAAAGGUGCUUCAGAUUGGGUAUAGUGGUGUUCAGUGAAACCAAAAGAUGACUGACACUUGGAUUUGCCAAUCUGAGCCUCUCUCUCCUGGCCUCCCAAGGACCAUCAGCGUGAAACUCAGGGCAUCCCUCAACCAGCUAAGAGACCUAUUCAACGAACAGUUUACUGACAAUGUGACAUAACACUUCAAUUACAACACUUCACAUGGGCUUUAAUUAUUUAAAAAAAUCCAUCAACGAAGAAGAAAGCAAGUGUUGAAGGCAACUGUUGGAACUUUCCAUACCCUCUUUCUCCCUGUGGUUUAUGUAAUGCAUCCUGAAUUCAAAUUCACUGACUAGGUUUUUUAGUGCAUGUUCCAUAUGCCUUGUCUGUGCCAGUAAACCUUAGACUGUGUACAACCAGACACUUAAAUUGCUUUAGGGAAACCUACAAUGUUGCCCAUCAUUGUACUCCCUCAUCCUGAACAGAAAGAGCACUGCUUAGCAAGGAUUCUUCACUGGGCACAGUUCACCCUUGCCUAUGAUAGUUUUGUUUUCCAAACUGCUGCUUGUUCUUUUUUUAUGAUAAAUGUUUUUAAAUGAGCAGUCUGUGUGUUAAUAAUCCAUCAAGUGCCAUAAAGAAAAUGAAGGAAAGACUGCAAUGUUUACAUUUGAGCACAAACUAAACCUGCAAGUUGAACUGAAAAGACAAGUAUAGUCCUGUCUUUUAAUAUAUAUUCUAUUUGAGAGACGGCAGCACAAACUGCAUUACAAUGCAAGCCAUAUGCUGAGUUACUUGUACUAGUGAAAAUAGUUUGAUGAAUAUUUUAGCAUGCAAUAUUUGAUGAACAGAAUGCAUAAAGAAUAUUUUAAAUAGAUACUAGGAAUUGCUUAUUGGUUUGGGUUAUAAAUUGUAUGUGUGUUUCACUGUCCUUCUUAAAUGUCAACAAAUUGAUCAUCUGUUCAUAUUUUCUUCUCUUUGAAUCUUGAAGUUCAAUAUUAGGAUACUUGAUUUCUACCUUUACCUUCAUUGACCAGUUCCAGGUUCAGGUUUAAAUUCUCUGAAUUCUCUACACCACUGUCAGACUGAACAUAUCUAGGCCCUGCUUAACUCAGUCGAAAGACUUCACAUGUUACUAAGAAAUAGUUUGUUUAAAACUACAUUUACAUUUGGAUGACAUUAUAUCCAAUAUCUGUACUUUGAACAGUUUGAAUGUUUCACAAAGUCACAAACAUAAAAACUAUUUUUUUUUUCCAUGUAAAUGAAAAAUUCAACAGAAAAAUGCUGAAUUUAAAUAUUUAAGAAUUUAUUUAAGAAUUAUGAAACAGGCUUUUCAUUGUAGUAAUAAUGACCUCCACACUGGAAUUUCAUGGCAUGUUUUGAUAGAACAUAGGCUGACAGUUGAUUUUAGGACUAGAGCUUUGUUGGUUCUAGAUUUUUUGUGUCUGGCUCCAGUUGAGGCUUAGAGACAAAUGUUUUGCAAAGGUUUGUUAAGUACUGUGCCAUUUUGAAAAGUCAUCCUGUGACCUUUACACACACACAGGACCAUUAUUUGCUACCUCUUGAAAUGCUGCAUAUAAAGCCCUCAUAAUUGUGCACAUUGACAUACUCUUGGUGUAAAAUGAUCUUUAUGGAAUUAAUGACAUCUUUUUUUUCAACAAUAAACAUUUUUAAUAAGCUCUU